CGUCCCUUUGUGCGCGCCCGAAGCUGCGCUCAGCGUUAAGCAUGAGCGGCUCGGGCGCCGCCGGAGCGGCAGCCGGCCCAGCCCCGCCGGCGCAGGAGGAGGGCAUGACAUGGUGGUACCGCUGGCUGUGCCGCCUGGCGGGAGUGCUAGGGGCCGUGUCCUGUGCGAUCUCUGGACUCUUCAACUGUGUCACUAUCCACCCUCUGAACAUCGCAGCCGGUGUGUGGAUGAUCAUGAACGCCUUCAUCCUGUUGUUGUGUGAGGUUCCCUUCUGCUGCCAGUUUGUGGAGUUUGCAAACACAGUAGCUGAGAAGGUUGACCGGCUGCGCUCUUGGCAGAAGGCUGUCUUCUACUGCGGGUGA